AUGGCACCACAAGCAUCACGUCGCUUCCAUGAGGCUGGCGUUGGCUCACGUACCGGUCUCCGUCUCUCAGCGGUAGCUCGAGAUCAAGAUGGAUUCGAAGAUCUCGAAGCAUUCUACAAAGCCAGUGAAGCUGCACUCGAUCACCAGCAACAAGCGGUACCCGAAGAAGAGGAUGAGGAGGACUAUGACUCUUUCGAUGAGGCUCCAUUCAGCCAUAGAUCUGGCGUAAAUGGCCGUGCACCAGCUGCUGCGAGUAGUAGCAUGACGAUGGAUAUUCAGGACAGUUCUGCUCCUUCGCCACGGUCGAUGCUGCGCUCUGCAAGGCAAUCAGCAGCGAACAAGGGAAAGACAUCGGCAUCGAAUGUAACAUUAAGAGAUGAUGAUGACAAUGGUAUCUACGAUUUGGAUUUGCCAAACCUUUCGACUGGGUCGAGGAGCUUUGACCUUGGUGAGAUGGUAGGUGAUGAUGAUGUAAAUCUGGCUCCACCAACACCUAAGCGUGGACUCAAUGCAAGGCAAGAGACGAAACCGAGAGCAGCAACAGCAUCGAAGAAGGGCAAAGAGAAAUCAGCACCAAGAGGGCGAGGAAGGGUUGAUCUGUCGGACUCGGAAGACGACCGAAUCUUGGCUGAUUUGCGGCAACGGAUCGAUUCGGAAUACGGCAAUGACGAUGUGAUGAGCGAUUACGAUCAAGUUCCAGUCCAUGUUCCAUCACCGAGGACGCAACCGCCGAAGCCAAAGUCACCAGCAAAGCCAGCAAUCAAGAAGCGGGCAGCAGCACCAACAACGCCGCAGUUCAGCCCUGCCAGGACUCUAACAACCUCAAGGUCACAGCCAGCAGCGUCCACGUCGUACGCAACGCAAUCACCAAAACGGAAAGCAGCGAAACCGUUGCAAAAGUCUCGACAACCAGAGCCGGAACCAGAACCGACGAUGUACGGAGAAGAGGACUACGAUGACGACUACGACGAGCCUGCGCCACUUACCCUUCCUCGAUCACCAGAACAGCCGCCAAAGAAGAAGCGUGGAAGACCACCAAAGUCAGCUACCACUAACGGCACAAGCACCCAGUCAAAAACUAAAGCCUCGACAACUUCCAAAUCUUCCGCAUCCUCCAAAACCAAACGCAACCCAGGCGAAGUAGUCCAAAAAGUGCGCUCACAACCCACAGUCACAGCCACGGUCUUUGACGAAAACGGCGUCCGUCGAAGCACACGUCAACGAUUCGCACCACUCGAAUACUGGCGUGGAGAACGUAUCCGCUAUGGACGACCCAGUUUGCCCUCCGGUACCACCAUCGACGACUUUCGCCGACGACCAGGAGAAGACGAAUUCGAAGAUGACCCUUCCCUCAUGAUUCCUCGUCGUCGGGUACCCGUGCUGGACAUCAAAGAAGUCAUCCGAGUGCCUCGUGCACCAGGAGAAGGCACUUUCUCAGGCACCACCACUCGUCCACGCAACACUACCUCUCAUUCCAAAAUGGACCGGAAAUCCGAAACUCCCCGUCCACCUUCCCGCACACCCGAUCUGGACGGGUUGGACUUCAUCCAACUCGAUCCCACCGCAAACACAGUUCACGUGGAAGACGGAUGGGAUGCAAACACUCUCGAAUCCGGUCUCGUCAUCGACGAUUCUGAUGGACAUGAAACUACCACUUCCAUUGUGAGAACUAAAGCUUCACUCCGACCUAUGGCAGCGGCAGGGCAGGAGUUUAAGUUUGAAAAAUUGUUCAAUUGCGCUGGUUUAAUGGCUACAGGAGUGUUGCAUCUUCCACCGGGGACGAGAAAACCGACGAAACCAAGCAAAGAUAAUUCCUUUGUGUUUUGUGUAUUGCAAGGUGCACUGAGGGCGACGGUUCAUAGGAAGAGUUUCAUUGUAGGGCCGGAGGGAGUGUUUCAGGUUCCAGCAGGGAACAAUUAUUCGUUGGAGAAUGUGUGCGAGAGGGAUCUCAAGUUGUUCUUUGCGCAAUGUAGGAAAACGACCAAGGUAGGGGAGGGGAUGGGUGAUCUGACAACUUUCACUCAAUAUUCGGAUACUAGUUAUGGUACUCCAAAAGCAGCAGCGGCGGGCGUUGGGGUGAGGCAGGUGUUAGGGAAUGUCGGUGGGAGGGGGAGAGAGAGGGAGAAGGCGCAAAGUGAGGAGAGAGGUGCGAAGGGCUCGGUGAUGACAGCAGAUAGCGAUGCAGAGGAAAGCCAAGAAGAGGAGGAUGACUUUGAGACUAGUCGACAGGUUAAGACUAAAAAGAGGGUCUUUCGUCGUAUAUAG